CUGUUCAGUAUUUCCUGUUCAUGGGCGCUCCAGAAUCAAUUCGUUCAUAAGGCUGAAGUGGACAAAGUAGCACUGACAGUGAAAGUAGAUGGCGAGGGUUUUGGGGUGAUGGUGCCUGCGAGGGUCGCUUAUGGCACCCGAAAUUUGUGAGUGCCGUUUGAUCUGUGGCCCCAUUAGGGCGUAGGCAGUUUACUUUUUGCGACCAUGGACGCCAACUAUUACAUCCAAGAGCCGCCCGUUGCAAGCCCGGGCGAGAUCGAUGCCCAGCGGGCCGCCCCAGCUGAAGUCACCGCUGAUGUCACGAACACUUACCUGACCUCAGACGGGACUGCCGGCAAGCCGUCCGCCCAGUCGCCUGAGCAGUAUCUAGCCAACCAGGGUUACGCCAACACUGCGCAGAUUGCCGAGCUCCAAUACGCGCAGGGGCAGAACGUCGCGGAGCUGUUCCAGGAGGACCCGUAUUCGGGGUAUGCGAUCCCGCCCGCCCCGCCCGUGAGGGCUCAGCCGGUUAUCGCCGCGCAGCAGAUGCAGGCGACGUUGGGGCAUAUGCCUCCGGACUUCAAACGAACGGAGGGCGCAAAGAUUGACACCGAAGCGCGGGCCAAGACUGCGGAGAAGAAGCUGAAGGAAGUUGAUGCGCAGCUGGGCAAGGUGCUGAAAGAGAAAGCGGCGCUCGAGAAGGAAUUGGCCAAGGAGAAAAAGGACAGGGCGCACUUCCAGGAGCUCGACGCAAAGCGUGCGCAAGAGCGCGAGUCUGUCGCUGCCUGGGAGUCUCAUUGGCGGGUCCAAGAAAAGGCGCUCAAAGCUGCCGUGGAAGACAGCCGGCGCAAGAACCAGGCGAUGCAAGCCAAGCUUGGAGCUCUCGAAGCGCGUCUCAAAGCAGCGUUCGACGAGGUCGAGAAGCUGCGGGGGGCGGCGGCGGCCGCCGGCGAGCGGGCGGGGCGGCUGGAGAGAGAACUAGAGGAGGAGAGGCAGGCGUACCGAGAGCUGGAGGAAGACAAGGCGGCAGAUGCACAGAUGAUCACCGAGGGCGAGGCCGCGGGCGUGGAGUGGGUCCAGGAGGCGGUGCGGCUGCGCAAGGAACUAGACGCGGAGAAAAAGGCGCGCGUCAUGUGGCAGAACAUGACGGGGCAACUAGCGCGCGAUCUCAACGACGAGAAGGCGCGAAGGGCGCGCGAGCUGAGCGCGGUGCGCGCCGAGUUUGCACGGGGCGCGAACGGACAGUGGCUGGUGCGGGUUGAGGAACUAGAGAAGGAACUGAAGCGCGCCGGGGAGGAGGCCGCAGCGGCGCGCGCUGCGGAUCAGGCGAAGCUGGCGGAGGCCCAGACGGAGCUCGCGGCCGAAAAGCGCCAGAAGCAAUCAUGGCAGCAGAUUGCGGAGCGCAUCGGAAAGGAAUCAAAGGAGGGCCGUAGAGAGGUGGAAGUCAUCCAAAAGCGCUUACAGGAAGCCCUCCGAUCUAGUAAGCCCCCCGUUCCGGCGCCCUCCCCUCCGCCCCCGGCCCGCCGCGGGAGCAGGAGUAGUGUGCGGGGAUCCCCUGCUCCCGAAAUGGGGGGGUCGGAUAUGGAAGAUCCAGAGGGGAAGAAAGGGAAGCGGGAGAGGGGGGGGGAGAAGCAGGAAACGGACGAUGAGGCGACGGACGACGACGAGCCCGUUCCCGGGGGGGAGGCGCGCGGGGCGAAAGUGCCCCCCCGGAAGCGGUUGAAGAGCUUGACGGAGCUGGGGAAGGACUCGCCGAAGAAGGUGUGGAAGUCGCGGCGGCCGCGGGGGACGAAAAAGGGCGACCAGGCAGAGGCGGGGCAGCAGAGCGAGGUCGCCGAAAAGGGGGGGCCGGAAGAGCCGAAGGAAGGGGAGGGGGUCGUGGGGCAAGAAGCAUGA